AUACUGUUAGUUAUCGGAUCUAGUUGGCUUUAAAAAAUAUAUAUAUAUACAACAGAGUUUAACGAAGGUUUUUUUUCAGGUUUUGAUUGAUGUGACGGUAUUUUAAUCACGAUGUUAGCUUUGACAAAGCGUUUUAAAGCCGUUUAGAAACAAACUCGUUAUUGGAGCAACCUUCCGGUUACAUCAGCUUCUCCUUGAAUACAAAACAGUUUUGUUUUUCGUAUUCGAUUUUUCUUCAGAUUAGAAAUGGCCCGAAGUGUCGGUCGAAUAUUCAGCGGAUUUCGGUGCUUCGGUUCUCUCUCAUUCGGGAAUCCUCGACUGAAGACACAGUGUGUUUCAUUCAGGAUCUCCUCGGACCGGACCUUGAUGCACGAACUGCCAAAAUUCUGUUCCCAAACACCUCGAGACUUCAGCCUGCCCAACUCGUCAUGGGGGAAAGAGAUGAUGCAGCUGUACAACCAUUACAACAGCCUGAGUAAGGAGGCGACAGAAGGACAAGAGGACCAUGGAGAGCUGUGGACAAGACUGCCAAGCUACAAUCGGUCUCUAAAGUAUGCAACAGGGGGAGUGUAUCUCAGCAAGAUAAUCCAGUCAAAAGCUCGCCUUUUCACCCGGAACAUCAGGGACCCUGGAACAGGGUUUGAGUAUGUUUUAUUUGUCAGAGAAGACAAGCUCAAGUGUGUGUGCAUCUUCCAAGCUGGACACCUUUUGGAGGGGCCGCCAGGACAUGUCCACGGGGGGGCAAUAGCCACCAUGAUCGACACCGUCACAGGAACGCAUGCCUCUAUGCUUUCUGCACUGGUUAUGACUGCCAACCUUAAUGUCAACUACCGCAGCCCCAUCCCACUUGGAAGUACUGUGCUGAUUGAAUCCAUUCUGGACAAAGAGGAAGGCAGAAAAAUGUAUCUUUCAUGCAGAGUGACCAGCACGGACGGCUCCAAACUGCACACAGAGGCAACAGGUAACUUUCCUCUGUGUCACUUCCAUUUCUGUCAUGCUACCUUCUGCAUUGUCACCCUUCUUCAUCAUCUUUUUCUCCUUGCAGCACUGUUUUUGUCAGUCAACGUCAGCCAGCUGCUGAGACAGUGAAGCAGCCUGCCAGGCUGGCAUAACAGAGGCCAGAACAAGCCGAAUAUCGUAACUUAGUCAUAAAGACACGAGGCCUUCAAAAACAAGUUCAUCACGUCGGCCAAUGCCGCUCACACUGGCACUUUGAGCGUGUGUCUGCAUAUAGAAGUGACUGUGGCGUGUUGCAGCGAGCCGUAAAAAGUAACGGCUUCCACAUCACAGAGAGGCACGCUGCUCUGGCAUUCACUGCAGACCACGAAGUUAGACAAACUGAUGAUGUGCAGCUGCUUUCUUUUCUUUAAUGCGAUGGGAUUUUGAAAGAGGCAUGUAAUAGCAAAAUGUUUAAUAUCUGUUUUUUGUUAACAAAAAUUGGAAGAAAAAAAAUGCCCCUCUUUGCAUUAUGGGGCUGAUGAAUGAUUUAUAAAAACACAAACAUUUUAUUAAAGAGAAAUGUUCUUACCAGGAUCUACAGGAAAUGUUUUUGUAAUUUUUUUUGUUUUUUUAUUCUCAACUGACACAGAUUUUAUUUAGC